GGUUUUAUAUAAUAACUAAAUAGAUAGAAACUGAUAAAGAUUUGGACUUUCUUUGUUUACAGUCAGAAAUGCAAUACUCACACUGUUCCUUUCUUGUCUCCAAUCCGAUCCAAAGCGCCUUCCCCAAGUCUGAGCCUGUGCUGAAUUUUGGAUUUUGGGGACUUUGGAAAGACAAAAUUGGAGGGAACUAUUGCUGAACUUUGUUUCAGAAACUGUCCUUUGAUACUAAGAGGAUUUUUGAAUUGAGGCUGAAAAUUUUUGGGUGGACUUUCACAACCUUUCCUUAGUUGAGUACCAAUUUUAAUGUCCUUCAGAUCCUUUUCAGUAGCUCAUCUUGUUACAUUUGUUUUCUUAAGAUCUUGUUCUUCUUUUUUUUCCCCUUCAAUGUGUUGAUGUUUUCAUUGUUUGUGCCGAUUAGGAUUGUUAUUGAAUUAACUAGGUAAUCCCUAAGUAAGAACAAUGGCAUUGCCACCAAUUGUGAAAGUAGUCCUAGGCUCUAUUGCUUUUGGGAUUUUCUGGGUAUUAGCUGUCUUCCCUGCAGUUCCCUUUCUUCCAAUUGGAAGGACUGCCGGUUCUCUCCUGGGUGCCAUGCUCAUGGUCAUCUUCCGUGUCAUUUCACCCGACGAAGCUUAUGCCGCAAUCGACCUCCCUAUUCUUGGCCUCCUUUUUGGAACCAUGGUGGUUAGCAUCUACCUUGAAAGAGCUGAUAUGUUCAAAUAUUUAGGUAAACUCUUAUGUUGGAAAAGCCAAGGUGGUAAGGACUUGCUCUGCCGAAUUGUUAUAGUUUCUGCAGUCUCUAGCGCUUUGUUUACCAAUGACACUUGUUGUGUUGUCCUCACCGAGUUCAUCUUAAAAAUCGCUAGACAAAACAAUCUGCCACCUCAACCUUUCCUCUUAGCUCUUGCUUCUAGCGCAAAUAUCGGGUCUUCUGCUACUCCAAUUGGUAACCCACAAAACCUUGUUAUUGCGGUUCAAAGUAAAAUCAGUUUCGGAAAAUUCUUGUUCGGUAUUUUGCCUGCCAUGCUCGCAGGAAUAGUUGUCAAUUGCAUAAUCCUAUUAUGUUACUUCUGGAAGUUGUUGUCGGUGCAAAAGGAUGUAGAAGUGGUGGCAUCAGCAUCAGAAGUGGUUGCCGAAGAUGAUGUAAUUUCUCAUCGGUUCUCGCCUGCGACAAUGUCGCAUGUAGGUUCCCCCAACUCUCAGCAAUGGACACCUGCACUUGAUGGAGUCAUGCCUAGUUUUCAAUCAGGCAGAGACGCCGGACAAAAUGAAUCUUUGAGGAACAGGACAUUUGACAAUGAGAACAACAUUCAGGCAGUGCUAAAUGAUGCAGUUGAUUCAGCAAAGAUCAGUACAUCAUCAAGGGAAGCUGCAGGGAGUGCUGGGACAUCUCAAAGGAGGGAUGAACCAGCAUCCACAAGAUUGAUGAGGACUUUUAGCAGCCACACAAAUGGCUCGAGAGAAUUAACUUCUUUGCAAUCUGAGGACGGGAAAGAAGGAUUGAUUGAAAGAUGGAAAAUAUUGUUGUGGAAAACAUCCGUAUAUCUUGUUACUCUUGGUAUGCUUAUUUCUCUUCUUAUGGGUUUGAACAUGUCAUGGACUGCUGUUACUGCUGCUCUUGCUCUUAUUGUGCUCGAUUUCAAGGAUGCUGGCCCUUCCUUAGAGAAGGUUUCGUAUUCCUUGUUGAUAUUUUUCUGUGGGAUGUUCAUCACUGUUGAUGGCUUCAACAGAACAGGCAUACCAAGCGCGCUCUGGGAUUUUAUGGAACCACAUGCACAGAUCAAUAGCGUUGGGGGCACGGCAUUGCUUUCCCUUGUGAUCAUUGUUCUCUCAAACAUAGCCUCAAAUGUACCAACUGUUUUGCUGCUUGGAGCUAGAGUGGCAGCAUCAGCCGCAGCUAUUUCUCCGGCAGAAGAAUCUAAAGCAUGGCUUUUACUGGCAUGGGUAAGCACAGUUGCAGGAAACUUGUCAUUGCUCGGAUCAGCAGCAAACUUGAUAGUUUGUGAGCAGGCUCGGCGAGCGAAAUAUUUUGGAUAUAAUCUUUCAUUCUUCGGCCAUUUGCGUUUUGGCUUGCCAUCAACACUUGUCGUCACUGCGAUCGGUUUGCUGCUUAUUAGGAGUUACUGA